AUGAAAGAAGCCCCUUGCGAAGAAGAACACCUGUUCCCUCCCCCCUCCCCCGGUGGGGGUCAUCCCGGUCCACAAGCGCCCGAAGGGCACCCAACUCUGGGACCGGUGGGGGUCAUCCCGGUCCACCAGCGCCCGAAGAGCACCCACCUAUGGGACACGUCACGACACAACGCCGUUCAGGCGACCCGACAAGGCCCAGCUAAGAUGGCUGACGGUGCAGCCGCUAAACUGAUGCAGCAGACUAAUGAAGAAUGGGCAGCAGCCUUAAAUGUGAACUUCAAUGCUGUUUGCCAGAGAUUCUGGGAACGAAUGCGGGAGAGAACCUCGCACCCAGUACAGACACCAGCCACAACGGCAGCACGCCGCCACACACCCCCUCGCAAGCAAGCGAAGCAUCCAUGCAAAGCGCUGCCACUGAAAGAGCGGGCGCAGGGCACUGUGGCCCGGUGGUGGAAGCGACGGAGGGGCACGGACCGCCCCAAGAUAACACACUAUAAUCAAGCAAAGACUCCCAUGGGAGGCUCGUGCGGACCCCCCUCCACCCGACAGGGUCAUCGCGGCCCACAACAAACAAAGUGCCACAACCGGAACGAAAGCCUGCGGACAUCAACCACCCACCGCACUGCCAACACCGUCCGGACAGAUCUAAAGGGCGGAAAGACAAAGCCACCCGUCUCAAACCCAGCCAACGACGGCUCCAGAUUACAGCCUGGACCAGGUACACCACAGCUAAACAGCACACGCAUAUACGAGACACCGACACCGACGGCAGAUAUAUUAGACAGCGAAAGGGAGCUCACACUCUUCUUGGCUGUUGGGACAUUACUUAUCGGGCAUGGGCUGAACUGA